CGGUCAUUUCAAGGCGAUCAUUCACGAACGACUUAUCGCCAAUCGUUUUUGAUAACGGGUCGGUGAACUGCACAAGCACAAGUUUCCUUUCAGUAGUUCAGUUUCACUUUCAGUCGUAUACCUGUGUUCCACAGUUCUUCGAUCUUAAUCCGGCUCUCAUUCAGUUAUUCGUGAUAAGCAUUAUGAGGCUUGUGAUCCUUGACAAUGCAGAUUUGGUGUCAGAAUGGGCUGCAAAGUAUGUACUUAAGAAAAUCACUGCUUUUAAUCCUGGUCCAAACAAAUAUUUUGUACUUGGUCUCCCGACAGGUGGUACUCCUUUAAAAAUGUAUCAAUUGCUUGUUGAGUAUUAUAAGGCUGGCAAAAUAUCUUUUAAAUAUGUAGUUACUUUUAACAUGGAUGAGUAUGUUGGACUUCCCCUAGAUCAUCCUGAAAGUUACCAUUAUUAUAUGCAUCAUAACUUUUUUAAGCAUAUCGACAUAAACCCUGAAAAUGUUCAUUUACUUAAUGGCAAUGCAGUGGAUGUUAAUGCUGAGUGUAAACAAUUUGAAGAAAAGAUUUUAUCAUAUGGUGGUGUUAAUUUAUUUAUAGGAGGAAUUGGACCUGAUGGCCACAUUGCGUUUAAUGAACCCGGUUCGUCAUUAUCUUCAAGGACUCGGGCCAAAACUCUUGCUUAUGAAACAUUACAAGCUAAUGCGAGAUUUUUUGAUAAUGAUAUUUCAAAAGUUCCAAAACAGGCACUUACUGUUGGCGUAGGAACUGUUAUGGAUGCAAAGGAGGUGAUGAUCCUAAUUACAGGAUCACAUAAGGCCUAUGCGCUUCAUAAGGCAAUUGAAGAAGGGGUUAACCAUAUGUGGACUGUUUCAGCAUUCCAGCAGCAUCCUCAUACAAUAAUUGUAUGCGACGAAGAUUCCACAGCAGAGCUUAAAGUUAAAACGGUGAAAUAUUUCAAGGACUUAAGUUCAGUUCACCAACAAUUGGUAGAAAACGACCAUCCAAGAAGAUAGUUGUUUGGCAGCUAUAACAUAAGAUCAGUUGGUGUCUUAUCUGCUGUCCAUUUUAUUACUUAAACAAAAUACAUUUAUUUUGUAAUUUAUAUUAUAUUUCUAAUAAAUAAUAAAUUCAAGA